ACAAGUGGUUGUUAUGUUUUGUAACAUCCAGAUCAUGUAACAGUUGACGGUGUCUCUAUGUAGUCAGAGAAAGUCUGAUAAAAUGGCGCAGUUUGCAGUCUUGUAUAUUGUCUUCCUUGGAAUCGUGGGCCACUUUUCUAAAAUCACACAAUCAGCUGGCUCGCCAUCCUUAGCAAUUUCGCCUUACAAGGAUAUGGAUUUGACCAGUGGACUGACCUCUACGUCUAUUACAGCUCAAAAAACAGUCAUGUUAUUGCACCAAAUUCUUCUUCAAGAAACAUCCCUUAGGAUGGAUCUAGAGAAAACUGUCAGAGAUUUGUUGAACGAAUUCGAACAGAUGAAAAAAAAUCAAAUGGAAGUGAAAAAGGAACAAGACAUAAUAAACCAACAACUGAUUAACAACAUCGCCUCGUUACGCAGCGAAAAUCAACAAUUAAAAGAUGAGCUUGGGCAAAUAGUAAACAACAGUUUUUCAACUUUAGGAAUGCAAACUUGCAAAUGUGAUCGUACAAACAUAACAAGUGAUCUUCAUGAUUUUAAGAGGGAAGUUAGACAAAAUGUUUCACUUUCCUUGCUCGCCUUUCAAAGGGAAAUGACCAGCAUUAAAGUUAGCAUUCUUCAAACCAAUGACAACAGAAUUGGAAACAUAUCAAGAGAUAUGUUCAACAUACAGUCUGCUUUCAAAAAUUUGUCGAGCUUUAUUGAUAGUAAUAUACAACUUCAGGCAUCUUUCAAUGAUGAUUUUCUGGUACAACAACAGAAUAUCUCUAACAUGAUGAUAGGGACUUCCAAAAAGGUUGCUUUUUCGGCAAUUAUUAAACAUUUUACAUCUCAAAAUGAGCAGACAGUGGUCUUUUCCAAAGUUCUAUCUAACGUUGGCGGUGCUUACAACAAUCAAGAUGGCGUAUUCACAGUACCAAUUAGUGGGACAUACAUAUUUUUCUGUAAGAUAACCCAAAGCUCAAAUAAAUAUGAUAUGCUUUUCCAAUUUACUUUAAAUGGAUCAGCCAUGACUAAUAAUAUGGUAUAUGGAAGGCCAGACCAUGCCUUCAGAACAUCAUCAAACUUGAUUGUACUGCAGUUAAUCCCUGGUGACAGGGUUUGGAUCAAAAUGGUUCUUGGCGGUCGGCACUAUAGCUAUGGAGCUGGAGGAGAUCAGUCUUUCUCUGGAUUUAUGUUAUAGAACUUUCGGUUACCCUGUAAUAUACAAUUACUAUGUAUAGUCAUAGACUGGUAUAUGUUUAAUCAAUUCAUUGGAUGAUUUUUUGCAUUAAUUUGCUUUAAAGUGACACUUAUGUUUACUUAAAAUACUCUCGAUUGCAUACGCAAAUAUAUUUGGAUUGCAUGAGGAACAAAUGUAAUGUCAUAAUUUUAAAGACAUUUAUUAUUGGAGCAUAUUGUGAAUUACCAUAUGGAUCUAUUCGUAUUAACACUCCAUGUUGUGAACAUUUUGAUAUAUGUGGGGGAGACCGUUUUAAAAUGUUUCCAUUUUAUAAAGUACGCGAGAAAUGUGAUCACCAUGCGACGGGCAAAAUACCUAUAUUAUGUAAAACAUGUGUACAGCCAUUCGACCAGUUCCGAAUCUGCUGUGCUGGUCACAUACGUGAGCGAUAUUUUGAAAUCCUUAUUGUUUGUCAAAGAAGCCCAGAUACCUGCAAAUUGAAAUGGACCAUUGAUAUAGUUUAUCACUGCAAGGAACAUUGUGAACAAUUAUAAAAAAUCUAAACUUGUCAUUUUACCGGUUACAAUUAAGACGUAGAGUUCCGAAUAGCUUAGCGGUUCCCAUACAAUUCGAACGCGGGCUAAAAAUUUGGACCUAGGAUUUAAUUGAUUGACCAGAAGAUAAUUAAAAAUAAAAACCAUCCCAGUUAUUGGCAUUUCUAUUGAAAAAUAUAUGGUAAAACAACAAACCAACAAAGUCUGAUACCAAGAAGAGCAGAAAACAAUAAUUCUAUUUUAUAUCUAAAACAAAAACAUUGUACUCAAUAUAUUCAUGUGCACCACUUGAUUUAAACAAAUGAGUUGAAGUACAUAAAUAAAAGUUACAAAAAUGAAUAUGUGAUUAAUCAUAAAAUAGUACUAAAUUCCCAUGAAUACUGAGAUACCAUUAUGUAAAAUGAGUCUUUAAAACUUGUAAAAUCAAAAUAGACAUGAUGAAAAUGUUUUCAAUUAAUAGAUUGGAAAAAACAUCAUUUGGCAUUUAAUGAUGCAUAUAAUUGUUCAUUGUUGGGAGUUGAACUAUGUUCAACCUGCCUAGACUGUCACGCAAACUCAGCGCAAGAAUAAUUUGUAUGGGGCGAACUACUUAAUAAUGUCAAUUUUGUAUUCCGCGUUCAAAUAAUCCGUGUUAAUCAAUGUUGACAAGAAAUCAUAUUGACGCAAGCGUCAAAUGGGCCGCAAAAAAUAUAAUUGUUGUAUGAAUCAUUGGUUGUUUACAUAAAAACACCACAAAAAAGAAAAUAAGAGUUGGUUUUACUAAUUUUCAUGGUAAAUUUUAAUAUACUUUCAGCAACUUGUUUUGAAGUUUAACAUUUUACUAUUAUCAUAAAGAAUCAAUUUCGUUACUGUAAGCAUUUCUAACGGAAAUUGUAUGAUCAUUGCCAUAGUAUGAAGUAAUGGAGAACACACUGCAUGAUUUGUACGUUACUCUAAUACAAAGUUCAACUCAUUAUUUUUCUCCUGGAGAUUAUGUAUUUCAAACCAUUUUGGUUUUUAGUUGUUUCAUUGUAUUGAAUGAAAACUUAAUGCAUUAGUUUAAUAUAUGAUUUCAAGGGACCUCAUAAUAAAAUAAAAAUGGAUUAGUUCAAAUUUUCAUUUCUGUCAUAUUCUUGCGUAAAUAAUUGAUAUAAAAUUAAAUGUCAUUUCAUGAUAUUUUCUACCACUUUUUACAUGAAAAUAUAAUAAAUACACACGCAAAGUCAUUUUAUUUGACAUGGCACAUAGAAAUUCAAAUAUAUCAUUUAUAUAAAAUUUAAUGACAUUCAGGUCAUUUAGUAUUUCAGGUCUUUAGUAUGUCCCGCAUGCCGAUCCUGAUGCAUUGUUUUGAAAAGAAUGAAGAACUCCGAAAUUUUCCGAAUAGAUUAUAGUCUCGACAGAGACAUAAAUAACAUGUUUAACAUGUUAUUUAUAUCUCUGGUCUCGAUAACAACGCGCCAAAUACGACAAUCUACUAAGUAUGACCUACUUUUC